UCACCUUAUCAGCCUAGAUCCAAUCAUUUCAAACUUAGCAAAAGCCUGAUCCAUUCAGAGCAAAGCAUGGGCUAGUUCUAAACAUCACACCAGACCAAUAGGUCCUGGCCAAAGUGGGGGUCACCACAUUCUUUGUUGGGACCACCCGGCCAUCUGUUUGCCAUCUAUCAGGCCAUCAUUUAUCAGGCCAUCAGUUUUAACUGUCUGGUAACAGUAUUCUGUUGCAGAGGUCAUGAGGAGGCCUGUUCGCUGCAGGGUCUGUCAAAAUAAUUGAUGGCCUUUUAGGUUCUGUUGAGGGGAAAAGGGCAAGGAGUUUUCCACCUCGCUGGGCAGGAGGGCAAAAAGCAACUAUAUUUAAACUAUUCUUAAAACUCAAAAAGCAACUAUGCUUAUAACUAUUUUAGAGUUACUGCCUCUAACGCUUUACAUCUUGGGGCUCAGUGCAGCGCCAUGAAUCUCCCACCGCUGGCCAUUGUUGCCCUUUUUUAAAAAUUUUACUGUAUAGGACAGAGAAACAGAGAGUAGUGGGGGCUAGAGAGGGAGAGAAGAGAGACACCUCAGACCUGCGCCCCCAUUCCUGAACCUUCUCCUGUGGGGCUUGAAUCCUGGGCAUGUGCCCAGCUGGUCGUAGGCGCUUGGCCUGGUGGGCCACGGCCAUGGGGUGGGCAGAGGCCAGCAGCCCAGCUCCCUGCAUGCUGGGGAGACUGGGGUCACUGGAGGAACACAGGACUUGCACAGAGAAUUUCUGCUGGUGCUCUGGACCUGGCCCUCCUGCAGCAUGGACACUGAGCAUGGAAGCUCUCCCUGCAGGGGCGGGGCCGGACGGGGCACCUGUUCAGCACAGUCAGGAUGGGGUUCAAGAUGGAGCCAGGUCACUGCAGGCAGGACGGGGCUCAAGCUGGAGCCAGAUCAGUGCAGGCAGGACGGGGUUCAAGCUGGAAUCAGUGCAGGCAGGACGGGGUUCAAGCUGGAGCCAGAUCAGUGCAGGCAGGACGGGGUUCAAGCUGGAGCCAGAUCAGUGCAGGCAGGACGGGGUUCAAGCUGGAGUCAGUCCAGUGCAGGCAGGACGGGGUUCAAGCUGGAGCCAGAUUAGUGCAGGCAGGACGGGGUUCAAGCUGGAGUCAGUUCAGUGCAGGACGGGUUCAAGCUGGAGUCAGUUCAGUGCUGGCAGGACGGGGUUCAAGCUGGAGCCAGAUCAGUGCAGGAUGGGUUCAAGCUGGAGUCAGUUCAGUGCUGGCAGGACGGGAUUCAAGCUGGAGCCAGAUUAGUGCUGGCAGGACGGGGUUCAAGCUGGAGUCAGUUCAGUGCAGGCAGGACGGGGUUCAAGCUGGAGCCAGUUCAGUGCUGGCAGGACGGGGUUCAAGCUGGAGCCAGAUUAGUGCUGGCAGGACGGGGUUCAAGCUGGAGUCAGUUCAGUGCAGGCAGGACGGGGUUCAAGCUGGAGCCAGAUCAGUGCAGGCAGGACGGGGUUCAAGCUGGAGCCAGAUCAGUGCAGGCAGGACGGGGUUCAAGCUGGAGCCAGUUCAGUGCAGGCAGGACGGGGUUCAAGCUGGAGCCAGAUCAGUGCAGGCAGGACGGGAUUCAAGCUGGAGCCAGAUCAGUGCAGGCAGGAUGGGGUUCAAGCUGGAGCCAGUUCAGUGCAGGCAGGACGGGGUUCAAGCUGGAGCCAGAUCAGUGCAGGCAGGACGGGGUUCAAGCUGGAGCCAGGUCAGUGCAGGCAGAACGGGACUCGAACUGGAGCCCCCCACUGCUGUGGGGUGCUUCAGCAGCUGAGGAGCAGGGCUGCAGGUAUCUGCCUCACCCCCUUUCUCAAUUUUGUCUCUGUUCGCUAAUAAAAAUAUUAAACAUCUUUUUAAAGAAUAACUACCUUGUGGUCCAGGAGGUGGGGCAGUGGAUAAAGCACUGGACUCUCAAACAUAAGGUCCAGAGUUCGAUCCCCAGCAGCCCAUGUACCAGAGUGAUGUCUGC